GAAGUUCCAUAAAAACGGAUGGUAUUUCGAAAUUGAAGCAGUUUAUUUUGUAAAGCGUUAAGUGAACGACACCAAAAUGAAAUCAGUACUUACGCUUGUCGGCAUUUUGCUUAUAACUCAUUAUACCAACGCACAGUGCUCUGUUAAAGAGUUUAGUACCACAUUAAACCCAGCUUGUGACGCCAAUGACGUUUAUGUUAAAUGGCCAAAUUAUGAAGAUCAAUAUACCUACUAUCAAUGUAAGGGCAUUGGCAAUCCAGUACUUGUAAAUUGCGCAAGUGGAAAAGUUUUCACAUAUGUCCUUCAACAAUGUACUGCUUGUUCGGAUUAUAUUCCACCCGUACCAUGUGAUGAAUUAAAAACCCAAAAGACACCAAAUUGUGCAGCAAUAGGUUCGGGUGGCACAUCAACGCCAUCACCUGCUACUGGUUAUCCAACACCAAUUCAACCGGAAGAAACUACAGUUACCACAAAGGCAACAACAACUAAAGCUCCAACCACUACGAAAGCACCUGCGACAACAACACCUUCUGUACCAACCCCACCCACUGAUGCAACAACUGUGACAUCAGGCACAACGUUAAUACCACCUCCUCCUUCACCUGCUGACACAGCUACAAAUGUACCUAUGCCGCCAACACCAGAACCAACUCCACCAAGUGUUUCAGUUGAACCACCUUAUGUACCCAGUCCUUAAACCAAUCGAAAACUAAAACCGUUACAUGCAGAAAUAAAACCUUUAAUACUGGUAGACUGCAGUUAAUAUAAAAGUAUUCCAUUAAUCUCUUUCAAAAUUAACCGAAUUCAAAAAUUUCCUCCUUAAAUUAAGCAAAACAAAAUAAAAAAGUGAAAAAUUUAUAAAUAUUAUUACAACUAAAUAGCACAGACAUAUUAAUGCUUUCCUAUCAAUGCUUCUAUGCAUUUCGUUAUU